AUCCAAGGAACAAAUAAUGGGUUCCUUCAAAAUUCGCCCUGCGCUCAAGACAUGUGCAUGGCUUGUGGCAACACUGGUGGUUGUUAUCAAUGGGCUCAUCUGUUGAAUUUUACAUCUGAAGGAAACAGUUCUCUCAUUGGAUUGGCCAUAUUCCCUUCAGGAUCAGCAAGCUACAUUUCUUGCAAUACUGCAAUGCUUCCUGAUACCUUUGGAAAUUGUCAGUUGGUGCAGUGGAAGGCUGAACCAUCAGUGAAACACUACGUUUCUUGUUUUUCAAUGUCCAUGACAUGUUGGCAACAACAUUAUUUGGUCGUCGUUUUAGCUUUCAUCAUGGCAAUGGUUUUAGGUUUAUCAGCUGCUAGACUAUGGUUCAUUUGGAGACACAGACAACCAUCCCUCAAUUCAUACAAACCUGUUGGAGCUGUUCCUGAGCAGGAACUCCAGCCAUUAUAACUCCUCUUUUGUUUUGCAGAUGUAGCAAUUUUGACAGUGAUCAAUUAUAUGCACUAAUGGGUUUGGGGUACCUCUUGUACUCCGUUUCUUAAUUAAUAUUACUUUUGGCU